AUGGCGAGCGCUCACAGCGGGGCUCAGCCCGCUCUGGCGCCCGGGCUGGCUCGCAAAAUCAUGGAGACGCGCACUGAGGCGCCCGAGGUGGUGGGCUCGCUGGCCACGCUGUCCGACUUCUUCGAGGACAACUCCCCCGCCGCCCGCCGCCGCCUGCGCAGCACGAUCGAGAACCAGGGCGUGCGCAUCAACGAGCAGUUCCUGGAGGAGGCGCAGGGCGUGAUCAAGAUGCUGGAUGUGGUGCAGGGAGACCUGGACUCCCUGUCAGCCUGCUGCGAGUCGAUGGGCGCCUCGCUGGCGGGGUCCCGUUCGGCCGCCGCCGACUUGCUGCAUGACACAGACAAGCUGCAGCGGGCGCUGCAGGUCAGCGAGACGCGGUCGCAGCUGGUGGGGCGGUUCCUGGAGCAGUACCAGCUCACGCCUUCAGAGGCAGCAGCACUGCAGGGCGAGGAGAUGGGCGACGCUUUCUUCCAGGCCCUGGCCCACGUGCGCCAGAUCCACGGCAACUGCAAGACCCUGCUGCGCACGCACCACCAGCGAGCAGGGCUGGAGCUCAUGGACACCAUGGGCAGCUUGCAGGAAGCUGCCUACGAGCGGCUGUGCAGGUGGGUGCAGCAGGAGUGCCGGGAGCUCAGCGAGGCAGACGCACCCGAGGUCAACCCCCUGCUGCAGCAGGCGGCUGCGGCGCUGCGGGAGCGGCCGGUACUGUUCAAGUACUGUGCGGAGGAGGUGGCGCAGGCGCGGCACACCGCGCUUUUCCAGCGCUUCAUCAAGGCGAGCAGGGCUGGUGCUGUGGCGCUGACGCGCGGCCCACGCCCGAUUGAGGUGCAUGCUCACGACCCGCGGCGCUAUGUUUCAGACAUGCUGGCCUGGCUACAUGCCUCCCUGGCCUCCGAGCAAGAGUUCCUCGUCUCCCUGUUCGGAGACGACUCCCAGCACCAGCAGCAGAAUGGCAGCGGCAGCGGCGGCGGCGGGGCGGCGGCGGCAGCGGCAGCGGCGGCAGAAAUGGGCGUGGGUGGGGCCGCCGACGGGGGAGCCCCCACCAUAGCGCAGCUGCUGGAUGCGGUGUUUGAGAGCGUGUGCCGGCCGGUCAAGGUGCGCAUCGAGCAAGUGCUGAUGAGCAGCCCGCCGCCGCUGCUAUGCUUCCGCCUCACCCAGCUGCUGGCUUUCUACCUGGCCACUGUGGAGAGCCUGCUGGGGGCGGGCAGCCAGCUGGCAGAGGCGCUGCGGUCCAGCCGAGCCAUGGCGGUGCGCACGUUCCAGGAGGGUCUGCGCCAGCGGGGCGACAAGCUGCUGCGCUACCCGCCGCCGCCGCCGCGGGACCUGGCGCCGCCGCCGCAGCUGCUGGAGGGCGCCCAGCUGGCGGCCGACCUCAUCGCCUCGUACGAGCAGAGCUUCGACCCGCAGCAGGCGGAGGGGCAGCAGGCCGGUGUGGACGACUUCUCAGCCGUGCUGUCUGCUGUGGUGGACCCCCUCGUGGAGAUGUGCGCCCGAAGCAGCGAGGCCCUCAACCCCACCGCCGCCUCCCGCGUGGACGAGGGCUCCCACCUCGAUCCCACAGACCAGCGGGUGUACCUGGUCAACUGCCUGUUCGUGCUGGCCUCGCCCCUGGCGGGCCACGAGUGCGCACUGGCCCAGGCCCAGCAGCUCCACGACGCACUGGAGGGACACGUGGCGGCGGUGGUGGGCGCUGAGGUGGCACGCACCCUGGCCAAGUGCGGGCUGGCUGAGGUGGCGGCGCGCCUGCAGCAGCUGCAGGACCAGGGUCAGCCUGCUGCGGGGGACCCCUCGCUGGAGCUGCCCCGCGUGGGCGCCGCCAUGCGCACCUUCUUCGCCCGCCUGUCGGACCCAGCCAUGCUGCCUGAGCUGCCCAAGCUGCAGGUGCCGCGCCUCAAGGCGGAGGCCAUCCAGAGAGUGCUGCAGUCUCUGGCAGAUGCCUAUGCCGCAGUGCAUGCGGCGCUGACAGACCCCGGCAGCGGCUACCCGGCAGCAGAGGUGGCAGAGGCGGUGCGCCACACCCCCGCGCAAGUGCGCACGCUGCUGGGGGUGGUGUGA